AUGUCACCCAGUAUGAAGACCCCUAAAGAGGCUAUGCCUGCCAAGCCGGCAGACAUUGAUGAGAAUGGGCUCAGCAUGGGAGAGGUUAUAUCAAUCAAGAAGCCCUUUUCUCGGCUCACUAUAUUUGCCUUGACUGUGGUUCUCAUGUCAACUUGGGAGGCGCUCUCCAGUACAAUGUCCUCGGGUCUCGUUAGUGGUGGACCUGUAUCACUCAUCUAUGGAUUCCUUCUUGCGAUUGUGGGUUCUAUGGCAACAGCAGCCUCCCUAGGUGAAAUGGUGUCUAUAUACCCUACCGCUGGAGGUCAGUAUCACUUCAUCGCAAAGUUUGCACCCAACAAAUGGCAGAACAUCCUCAGCUGGUUCGUGGGAUGGAUAGGAACCUUUGGCUGGGUAUCAUUCACUGCUAGUGCCCCUUAUCUUGCCGCAGGCAUGAUACAAGGCCUUGUAGUCCUCACAUGCGAGGCGUAUGAUCCCCAGCGCUGGCAUUUGUCGAUGAUAUACUGGGCUCUUGUCGGUCUCGCCACCGCUCUCAAUAUCUGGGGCAGUCGUCUUUUCUCCCUGGUAGAGACGGCGUCCCUCAUCAUUCAUCUGGUGGGAUUUCUGGCUGUCCUAAUCGUUAUGUGGGUUUGCGUGCCAAUCAAGCAUAAUGCCAGCUUUGUUUUCACCACCUUUUUGAAUAGCACUGGGUGGCCUAGUAAUGGUCUUUCCUGGUGCCUUGGAAUGCUCUCCAGCUGCUAUGUUUUGGCGGGCUACGAUGGAGCCAUCCAUCUUUGCGAGGAGAUGGCCAACCCAGAAACCGCCGUCCCGUACUGUAUGCUGGGGUCGCUGGCCAUCAACGAUACAUUGGGCUUUGCUUUUCUCCUCACCAUUUUGUUCUGCAUGGGGGACAUGGAAAGUGCACUUCAGACCCCGACCGACUACCCAAUAAUCGAGAUUUUCCGCAGUGUGACAAGAUCAUUGGCUGGAAGCUGUGCCCUGACGGCUGUUUUAAUAAUCGCAGCCUGGCUAGGUACCAUUGCACUGCUGGCAUCGACGGCUCGUAUGGUUCUUUCAUUGGCACGAGACAGAGCUCUUCCUUUUUCCAGUUACCUUUCUCAGCUUGAUUCUCGCACAGACUUGCCGAAGCGCGCAAUUAUUACAACUAGCUGUCUGCUCAUCCUGUUUGGAUUGAUCAAUAUCGCAUCCACUACUGCCUUCAACGCCAUCCUCUCACUUUCCGUUUUAGGACUACAUAUUUCAUACCUUGUCCCUAUUGUUUUCUUCCUCUGGCGCCGCCUUUCCGCACCACAUAGUGUGAACUAUGGACCAUGGAGACUUGGCCGCGCCGGCAUUGCAAUCAAUGUCAUUGCCAUCAUUUAUCUGUUGUUCACCAGUAUCUUCAUGGUGUUUCCCUCUUAUCAACCCGUCACACCGUCUAACAUGAACUAUGCUUCCUUGAUCUUUGGGUUCGUUUGCUUGAUGAGUACGGUGUUUUGGCUGGUGCGUGGCCGAAAGGAAUAUGAUGGUCCUGUUGUUGCUUUGUGA